AUGCCUUCUUACAUGGAGAUUUUGCAAUAUGAGGUGUAUAUGAAAUUUCCUACGGGUAUGACUCCACCUAGUCCAGAUCAUGUUUGUCAUCUUAGAAAAUCAUUAUAUGGAUUGCGACAAGCAUCACGACAGUGGUAUUCUCGCCUUGCAGCGGCUUUGAAUUUUAAGGGAUAUUCAUCCUCUCUAAAUGAUUAUUCCCUUUUCUUCAAAAAAAAAACAGGGGAUUCUGUUUGUUUAGUAGCAGUUUAUGUUGACGAUAUUGUUCUCACUAGUAAUGAUCCCAUUGAAUUGUCUAUUCCAAAAGAGUUUCUUCAUGCUGAAUUCAAAGUAAAAGACUUGGGACACUUACAUUAUUUUCUGGGAUUGGAGAUACUACGAGAGUCCCAUGGUAUCAUUGUGAACCAAAGAAAGUUUGCCCUCGACCUGAUUUCAGAAUUUGAUUGUGUCCAUUUGCCUUCUGUUUCCUCUCCUCUUGAUCCUUCAAUCAAGCUUUCAUCCACUUCUGGAGAGCCUCUUGCGGAACCAACAAUUUAUCGCAGACUCAUAGGAAAGUUAAACUAUCUAACACACACAAGACCCGAUCUUUCUUUUGCAGUUCAACACCUCAGCCAAUACAUGAAUGAACCCAGACUUCCCCACUUUCAUGCUGCACUUCGUGUGGUAAGAUACCUUCGAACAGACCCUGGCCAAGGUCUCUAUCUCUCAGCCACUCCUUCACUGGAUUUAAAGGCUUUUUGCGAUUCGGAUUGGGCAUCUUGUCUUGAUUCACGAAGUCCAGUACAAGAAGCAGCAGAUUCUUGCAAGACUGGUGCUGCGACAAAUGUAAUAUUUGGAUUGGCUCUUGGAUAUAAAUAUGUUAUCAUUCCCAUAUUUGCCAUUGCUGCUUCUAUAUACGUGAGCUUCAGCUUAGCUAUGUAUGGCAUUGCAAAUUAA